AUGUCUGCUGAUCUCAUCCUCGUCGCCAAGUCACAAGGUGUCGGUGUCAUCAAGCUAAAUCGACCCAAAGCUCUCAACGCACUUUCAGCUGCCCUUAUUCAACAACUCCUAGGAUCUGUCAAAAGUUUCGAGGAGGAUGACGAAGUCGGAGCCAUCGUCAUUACUGGAAGGCGAGUACACGAAAAAGUGUUCGCAGCCGGUGCUGACAUUAAAGAGCUCGAAAAACUCACAUUUGUGAAUGCUUACAUGGGUAAUUUUCUCCAGUCCCUGGCAGAUGGAAUUGCAGCGGCCCGCAAACCUAUACUUGCAGCUGUCAACGGUUAUGCUCUUGGUGGUGGCUGCGAGCUUGCAAUGAUGUGCGAUGUGAUUUAUGCUGGCACAAAUGCGGUGUUUGGCCAACCUGAAAUCAAAAUUGGUACAAUUCCAGGAGCUGGUGGCACACAACGCCUGAUUAGAGCGGUUGGAAAGGCCAAGGCGAUGCACAUGGUCCUUACAGGGGAAUCCAUGAAGGCUGAUGAAGCGGAACAAGCCGGCUUGGUCGCUAAAAUUGUUCCACCGGAGAAAACCCUGGAGAUCGCGAUUGCAGCCGGUGCAGCGAUGGCAAGCAUGUCACGACCCGUUUUGCUGAUGGCUAAGGAAAGCGUCAACCGGGCCGAGGACCUGGCUCUUUCUGAAGGACUUCGAUUCGAGCGUCGACUCUAUCACGCUUCGUUCUCAACCAACGACUCAAAAGAGGGAAUGAGGGCGUUUAUUCAAAAGCGAAAGCCAGUAUUUGAGCACGCAUAG